AUGGAUAUGGACAGCGACCAGAUCAACCAGAAGAUUCGAUCGCGACGGACGCAUCGUAAAUCUCGCCUCGGGUGCGGGAAUUGCAAGAAGCGCCGUGUCAAAUGCGACGAAAAGCAACCAGUUUGCAAUAACUGCUUGGUGCACUCCAUCAACUGUGACUUCCAAAAUUCAUCCUCAAGAUCCCCUUCAGCCGGCUCAACUCCACCACAACGGUACCAAUUCCGGCAGUCAAAAUACCAAACUCUCGCAUCCUCGCCAUCGCAGGAAGAAGGGAAUUACCGCUCUGUCGCAGCAUUUGCAUGGAAGCCCGGAGAAGGGAUCUCCCUAGCAGACCUCCAUCUCUUCCACCACUUCACCACAGCAACCGCCGGUACAAUUACAGACGAAACAAAAGACCCUCAAAAGGUCUGGCAAAUCCACGUCCCACGAUGGGGCAUGUCCUUUCCCUCAAUACAGCACCUACUUCUCACACUCUCGGCGCUCCAUCUUGCAUAUCUGAACCCCGCCAGACGGGGAGAGUAUACGCGUCAAGCAGAUGAUCAUUUCACGUUCGGCGUGCGCUCUGUGGCGACUGUCCUUGCGUUGGAUACGCUGGACUCGCAGAACUGUCAGUUGAUCUACAUCGCGGCUGUUAUGGUUUGUUUUGCAUAUUUUGCGCGCGGACCUCAAGAUGGCGAGUAUUUGGUGUUCAAUACCAACGGGAAGUCGGAGUGGCUAGUUCUCUUGCAUGGGGUGCGUUCAAUAUUAGCACAGAGGCAUGGAGAGAUCUUCACUGGCGUGCUUAAACCGCGUGAGGAGAGUCCGGGCUUAGAUGAUAUCGACGUUUGUGCCCCUGAACUGGACGAGGAAUUGUCUUGCCAUAUCCAGCGUCUUCACGAGGUUGGGGAAAUGGUCAUCCUUGAGGUAGAAGGAGAUAGAGAAGUCUAUGUUGACGUUGUGGAUAACUUGGUUGAAUGCUUUGAGGAGGCAUACCGCCGACGGAGGACCGGGUGCCACCCAACGGACCUGAUGCCGUAUACUAUGGGAUGGACGUUUCGAUUUCCCGAUACGAUGAUCACUAAACUGGAGGAAAGGGAGCCAAUUGCGCUUGUUAUCCUUGCGCAUUGGGCGAUUUUGCUGCGGUAUAUGAGAGACACUUGGUUUAUGGAACGGUGGGACCAUCAUAUCGUGUCAGGGAUCAAGGCCUGCCUGCCUGAGACAUAUCAUGCGUGGAUUGAGUGGCCGGAAGAGGUUGUUGCCUAUGUUCCCUGGUGAAU